GCACUGGUGGGCAGCACUGGUGGGUGGGCACAGGUGGGUGGCACUGGUGGGCACAGGUGGGUGGCACUGCUGGGCACAGGUAGGUGGCACUUCUGGGCACAGGUAGGUGGCACUGCAGAGUGGCACAGGUGGGUGCACUGCUGGGCACGGGUGGGCGCACUGCUGGGCACAGGUGGGCGGAACUUGCGGGUGGCACUGCUGGGCACCGAUCAUCAGGGCACUGAUCAUCAGUGCCCUGAUGAUCGGUGCCGAUCCCCGCUCUGACAACUGCCGGUUCUCGGCAGUACUUUCCUCACGAUCUGACAGCGUGAGGAAAGUGCAGCCGAGAACCGGCACUUGCAU